AUGGAAGUAACCCUACCAACUCCAUCGUCUUCUCAUGCAUUGCUCCGAUCUGGAUCACAGUACUUUGCUGAGGAAGAAGCGUUUGAAGUGAUCGUCACGGUCGAUCCCGAACAACUCAAAACAGCGGAUCACGAAGACAUCAAGCUGCGAAACUUGCCGACAUCCUUUCAUCUUUCCGGCGAAGAUCCGGAAGCUGGGGUGAUUGCCAGUCCUGGCACUCGCGUGGACUCCACAGUAGUCGGGGGCGUGGACGAUUUGAUUGGUUUGACUCAUUUGCACGAACCCGCUAUUCUACACGCUCUUCGAUUGCGUUACGAUGCGGACAUCAUUUACACCGCCACCGGACCUAUUUUGAUUGCAGUCAAUCCUUUCAAGAGAAUGGACCACAUCUACAACGAUAGUGUUAUGGAAACCUAUCGCGUGCAGGGUGAAGAAGGAACUCGACGUUUGGCACCGCAUGUCUAUCAGACCUCGGACGACGCAUACCGUCAACGCAACGCACCGACAAACCAGAGUGUCCUAGUUUCGGGAGAAAGUGGAGCUGGAAAGACUGUCACCACCAAGAUUGUGCUCAACUACUUUGCCAUGCUUUCCAAACGCCGUGCUGAGACUACACGAUCGACACCCAGCAAGAGUGGUAGUCCGGCGAGAGAAGGCGUCAGUAUCGAGCAGCAAGUUCUGAAGAGUAACCCAAUCCUGGAAUCAUUUGGUAACGCUCGUACCAUUCGGAACGACAACUCUUCGCGAUUUGGAAAAUACAUUGAUAUUCGUUUUACACGAUCCGGAAAACUCUCCGGAGCCUCGGUGGAAACGUACCUUCUUGAAAAGGUACGCUUGAUUCACCCUGGUCUGGGCGAACGUAAUUACCAUGUCUUUUACCAAUUCUUGGCAGCCGCGACACCUCGGGAGCGUCGUGAACUAUAUAUUGGAAAUAUGCAAUACGGAGAUUUCAGACUUCUAAGUCAAAGUGGUACUUACGACCGCCGCGACGGCGUUAGCGAUGGAACGAACCAUCAGGAAAUGUUGGAUGCUAUGUCUACGAUGGGAUUUUCUCCAGAGAUAAUACGAUCCCUCAUGCGGCUAGUCACCGGAGUGUUGUUUGCCGGAAACUGCACAUUUACGUCGUCUCGGGACGGUGAGUCUUGCCGACUUGACGAGACAGAUGCGGCCCUUGCUUGCGCCGCGCUCCUCGGGAUUUCAUUUGAAGGGCUGGCUGCCUCCUUGACCGCCCGUGUCAUCCUCGCCGGUGAUGAGAUUGUUCAUAAGCCGCUGACAAUCGAAGAGUCCACCAAGGCCCUGGAAGCUUUAAUAAAAGCAGUAUAUGGAGCAAUGUUCGAUUUCAUUGUGGAAACUGUCAACGAAAGUAUUGUCGACGAACGAGCAACUGAUGGUACGGCAUCAAUCGGUGUCUUGGAUAUCUUUGGAUUUGAGACUUUCGAGACCAAUAGCUUUGAACAGCUGUGCAUUAACUAUACCAACGAGGCACUUCAGCAGCAAUUUAACAAAUAUGUUUUCAAACUGGAGCAGCAAGAGUACGAGAAGGAGGGCAUUAUGUGGAAAUUCAUUUCAUUCCCCGACAACCAGGAUGUGUUGGAUUUGAUCGACAAGAAGCAUACCGGUGUUUUGGCUCUUUUGGAUGAACAAUGCAUUCUCCCAAGAAGUACGGACGAAAAGUACACUCGCUAUCUGUACGGACGUUGCGAUAAUCACCCGCGUUUCAACGCUUCAUCAGCACAACGCGUAGACCAUCUAUUCAGCAUUGAACAUUAUGCCGGUUAUGUUGAGUAUAAUACGGAUUCUUGGAUUGAAAAGAAUAAAGACCAGCUUCCAGCUGCGUCGUCUGAUCUUCUCAAGUCAUCCACUUUUGAAUUUAUCAAUGAGAUUCAAAAGUUCGUUCGAAGUGAAGAACGUGCUGGGCGCGGAACAGUAGCCACGAAAUCAGUCAGCUCCCAAUUUUCAACACAAUUGCGAAUUUUGCGCGCCCGGAUUGACGAGACCGUGCCGCACUACAUUCGUUGUCUCAAACCUAACGACGAAUUAGCUUCUGACUAUUUCGAGCCGAAGAACGUUGUUGAGCAGUUGCGAUGCGGUGGAGUCUUGGAGGCUGUCCGUGUCAGCCGUGCUGGUUAUCCUACACGCUAUCCACAUGAAGUUUUUCUAGCCCGGUACUAUAUCCUUGGUGAUCAAAGAGAUGAAACGCCGCAGAAAAGUGUUUCCGAGUUCGAGUCAUUGGAUUUUGCUUCUCGAUGUGCUGUGGCAGGUCUUCAACUCGGUCGUACGAAAGUCUUUUUGCGUCGUGAGGCAUUCGACCGUAUUGAAGGAAUGCGCUCUGAUAAAUUUCAUUUUGCCGCGUCCCUGAUCCAGAAAGUUGUGCGUGGGAAGCUUGGUGUGACACACUACAUGCAGAUGCGCCAAGCUGUGAUUAUCAUACAGAGCACUUUUCGCAUGAAGCUUUCGUGCUAUCGUGCAGAAGGUUUGCGCUAUUUGGGUGCUAUCGUCAAGAUUCAAAAUGCUUGGCGCGGGUGUUCCGCUCGCAUAUUCAUGGAAGAAAUCGUGAUGGCUCGUCGCUACGCUGCUAUUGUAAUCCAACGGGCAUUCCGG